GCUCCAGUCCGCGCCUGCGCCACAGCGCUGCACCAGCAGCCUGAGAGACACGCAGAGAACACAGCACACCAUCAGUACACACGCACGCGUGCGCGCACGCGGUCACGGAGAAGGAGAAACACACCGCACACUCCUCACACACACCUGCGCCGAAAAACACGGACACUGCAGGACAUCCCCCCCCGGUCCUCCUCCGAGCUGAAAGCGAAUCAAAAGUGCAUGAAGGAGAUUUGAAGUAGAGACAAACGGUUGAUAAAUGAAGAUUUUGGGUCAGUUCUGCUGUGGCACUGUCUUCAUCACCAUUCUUUAAUACAUGAUGGAGGAGAACGCUGAUAAUUCUCCAGGAUCAUUGGCCAGUGAUGACUCUUAUGUCAUGGCCAAACACUCUGCUAUUUACCCAUCAGCUGAAGAGCUGGAUGCUGUCCAGUCUCUGGUGUCAUUAGUGGAAGGAGCUCUAAAGCAGGUCUCAGACUGGUUAACUAAUUUGACAAAUGCUAAUGUUGCGUUGUCUAUGGCCCCUGCAGAUCCCAACUCAAAGUGUAAUGGGCCAUUAGUUGGCGUGGUACGUGUUGGAUCGUUGGCCAAGGGUCUCCUGAUCAAGGGGGUUAUGGACUUAGAAGUGAUUCUGCUCUGCCGCGACAAGCCUACCAAAAAGCUCCUGCUCACAAUCUGCACCAACCUGCCACUGCAGCUCAAGAAACUGACAGAGGACAGCUACACAGUGCAACCAUGCAUUCCGGAGGCAGCUAUUCUGGUAUUCAAAAGCAGCAAACCUGAUCUGCCUCUCAGGGUCACCCUCACCUCAAUGGAGAUGAAAAGCAGGGAGCCAGAGAAAGGCCAAGUGGAAAACACAAAAGCUAAAGAUCCGUCCGAUCUGCUGGACCAGCAGAGAUGCCUCCUUGCUCUGGCCUCUCUGCGACAUGCCAAAUGGUUCCAGGUCAGAGUAAGCGAUAAGAGGUCCUGUCUCGUAGUUCUGCGAAUCCUCAGGGACAUAUGCAACAAAAGGCCAGCCUGGGAACCUCUAAAAGGAUGGCCAUUAGAGCUUAUCUGUGAGAAGGCCGUUGCUACAAGUUACAGACCACUAGGACCUGGUGAGGCUCUCCGGAGGGUCUUGGGUUGCAUUGCCACAGGUAUUCUGCUGCCAACAGAUGGGCCCGGUCUGCGUGACCCAUGUGAAAAAGAGCAGGUAGACACUCUAUCAGCCAUGACCGUUGAUCAGGCUGAGCUUCUUACCCACACUGCACAGCAUGCGCUGCGGCUGCUAGCUUUCGGACUGAUCCACAAGUUCCUCCAGAUGGAUCCUCUCCCUUUAGCUAACGCUGCAGUGGAACCAAAAUUAGCAGAAGGAGUGGCACAGAAAAGACUCCAUGAGGUUGAAAUGAAAGAGGAUCCAAGAAGCAAGAAGAUGAACAGUACUAAUGUAGGCUGGCUGACUGCCAAAGACAAACCAGCUGCUGAAAAGAAAGCGAAGACUCUGUCCACAAGUUCCAGCACUAAAAGCACAAAGAGCUCUUCCUCAGCCAAGGGUAAAAGUCAGGGUCCUGUCCUCACAACCAGGGGCAAAAACCCAGUCAUGGAGUUGAAUGAGAAGAGGAGAGGGCUUUCCUAUGAUCUGAUCACAGAGAAUGGAGAAAGCCAACAGCAGCGCUUCAUCAUUGAGGUGCAAGUGGAUGGACAGAGGUUCAGAGGAUGUGGGCCAAAUAAAAAGAUGGCAAAGGCGAACGCAGCCCUGGCAGCUAUAGAGAGACUCUUCUCAGCACACAGUACGAACAGCAACAAGAGGAAGAGGUCCUACACAAAGGCAAAUCCAGCCAGUGUAAAUGGUUUUCAUCGAGAGAAAAGGGGUGUCUCAAUGCGCAGACCAGUGCUUCCUGUUUUUCCCCCUGCCCCUGCAUAUUUCUCCCCAGGUUACACUCCUUACAGUUAUGGCCCAGUUGUGCCCCCACCAUACGGUGGUCUGUACUUCGACAGUGCUGUCUGCCCUCCGCAGACCAUCGCUCCUGUUUUUAUUCACUUGGGUCCGCAAGAUUUCUACCCUGAUUUUUAUGUUUAACGGAGCGUCCACACUGGCCUACGUGGUGUGGCUGAAAAACUUUCCGCAGGGUGGCCCUCUGGUGCUGGGGAAACCUUUUCACUGAUUGUUUCGACAUGGGCCAAUUUGUCGCCAGUUGAACUUGAGUGCACCGGCACCAGCAAGAACAAAUGAAGAACAUGUAGUGAGUGUUCGAACCAUUUUUACAUGGUCUUUGCAAACAAUGUAUUUUCCACUGUAGAUGCAGAGUCAGCAAUAUCUUAUCAGGACAACUGUUAGCAAUAAUGGGGUAUGUGCACUGCUUAUAGGGUAGACAUGACGUUUAACGACACUACUGGUUUGUUAAGUCUGCAAAUAUCUGAACUGGAAUGUAUAUUUGUAUUCGAGAUGUUUGUAGAUUAUUGCGUUUAUACUAGGAACAAAUACGAGCUAGUAAUCUGAGCUAGUGAAUACACAAGUGGAGCCAUAAUGUGUGUUUUUUCUUUCCUAAGAGAAUCUAUACUCUAUACUAGUCCUUAUUCAAUGGCAUACUGCUGCACAUACUACUAGAACAAAAAACAAUGACUGUAUAAAGUAUGACAGUAAUAUAUAAAAAAAAUAAUUCCAACAGUACAGCAUUUUAUGAUGACCAUACAGUCUUUUCUAUGAUCUUAUGAUGUUUGGUGUAGAGUGUGUGACUAUUUAUUCUAUUUAUUGUGUGCAUGGAAUAACUGUACUCUGUAUAAUAAAUGAUGCCGGAUUAUUCCAUGCAAUUAAAUGUCCGACACGAGUCUCAACAUUAGCUUUGGCAUUCAUCCUGCUGAGUUAAUCACUGUGUCUGCUUCCAAAAGCAACCCUGCAACAUGGAGAUGAUCACAGAAACACUGAAACGGAAAGCCAGGCUCUCUCUAUCUAUCCCUCUGGAGUGAUUUAUGAGCUUUGCUGGGUGUGUGAGGUCUUCUUUACGCAGCCGGGUGGGAGUGGACAGCAGAUGUAGUGUAAGAUUACGUAAAGCGGACAGCAUAGAAAUAAACCUCAGGGCCAGAUGAAGCCUUUAUCAAAUCCCCUCCGGCCUCCUGCUGCGCUGACCUUCAGCCCUGAGCUUAGGUUACGAUGGAGGGCUUUGAGUGGCUGAAACAGGGAUGUAACAUGCAGGUGCUAAACGUCAUGACCUGGGGCUCGUGUGUGUGGAGAUCUAUUGUAGUGUGGUUUUGAUUUAUAGUACCUGUAGUACUGGCUGAUCCUUUUAUAGGUGAUUUUUUUCGCUACAGGCUGUGGCUCACCUGUUGUUUUGAGAGCUCUCUACUCUGACCAUCAGUGGUGGAAGUCUUGUGGUGGGAAGCACCAAAAUAUUUAAAUGGUGAUUAAUUUGCUGUACACAGGCUAAACACAGGGGGUAGAAUACACAAAAUGCACUCUAGAAUGGUUUUGAUCCACUUCCUCCUUCAGUGUUUUUAAACUUGCUCUAAAAUGUUUCCUGCUCAUACCAUUGUAGAAUGUUCUGCAGUUCAUUUACUCUAGAAUGUUUUUUAGUCUUAAACUUGAGACUAUACUUCUGUUGGAUCUUCAGUUCAGUCUCACUAGUGUUUUCCAAUGCAUAUACCAUUUUACAAUGUUGUGCAGUUAAUUCUAACUAGACUCUUCCUCCAUUUGCUCUAGAAUGUUUCUAUUUUGUAAAUUCACUCUAGAAUGUUUUGCAUUCAUAUACUUUUAGAAUGUUCUUCAGUUCACUCUCAGUUCACUCUUUUGUUAAUUUGUUAAAUUAUGUAUUCUCAUACCCUUCUACAAUAUUCUCUCUUUAUAAUGUUUUCUCUGCAUUCACUUGUAGAAUAUUUUUCAGGUAAUUUGGUUUCCCUUUCUAGAAUUUUUUGGUCCUUUACUGAGUGUUCCCCUGUAUACCCUUCUAGAAUGUGCGUAUUAAUCUGCUCUGAAAUGUUUUUUUUUUGUUUAUUGCUUUCUAGAAUGCCCUUCAGUACAUUUAAUUUAUAAUGUUUCUCAAUGUUCUUAAGUAAAUUCGUUUUGUAAAUUCACUCUAGAAUGUUUUCAUACACUUUUAAGAUAAGAUAAUCCUUUAUUAAUCCCACAAUGGGGAAAUUUUAUUUUAUUUAUUUAUUUUUAAGAUAAGAUAAGAGAUUUUAAAACGUUUUUCAGAUAAUUCACUCUGAAAUGUUUUAAUUUCAUACCAGUUCAUUUUUUAGUUAAUUUGUACCUUUCUAAAGUAUUCUCUCCAUAAUGUUUUCUUUGCAUUCACUCUGCAGGUAAUUCUGUUUUCCUGUUUUCAUACCCUUCUAGAAAGUUCUUCAGUUUCUCAACAAUGUGUCUCAUUGUUCUUAGGUAAAUUAGCUCUAAAAUGUUUUACUUUCAUACCCUUCUAAAAUGUUCUUCAGUUAAUUCUCUAUUGAAUGUUUUCCAUUCCAUUAAUUUAAAUAUUUACAUUUCUUUAGAAUGUUUUUUAUUUAAUUUUCUCUAAAAUGUUUUAAAAUCAUACACUUCUGGAAUUUUCUUUGGUUACUUGUCGUGAGAGUGUUUCCAUUCAUACCCUUCUAGAAACUCCUUCAGUAAAUUUAUUCUUAAAUGUUUUUCAUUGUCCUUACGUAAAUUUGCUUUAGAAUGUUUUCCUUUCUUACUUUUUUUUAGAAUGGUCUGCGGUUAACUCUCCAGAAGGUUUUCCAUUUGUGCAUUUCAAGUAUGUUCUGCAGUUCCUUUGCUCUGGAUUUUUUUUUUUUUACAUUUCUUAACCCUAGAAUGCUAAUGCCUGGUGAUUUUCCCCCACACAAGUUGUCAUGUGAUUUUCAUUGUGUUGCUGCUGUCUGAGUUGCAUGGGACUUUGGGUAGUUUCAAGGCGCUCCUUGAUGUCAUUAAUGUUAUGGUUGAUUUGCUCCUCCUAUCAUGUUUUUUUCAAGAGGCAUGCGUUCGGGAGAUUUUCAUCCGACAUUAGUGAUAGAGAGUGAGAUAUUUUAUGGGUGUAAUUUACCUGAUAUUAGUGUUUGUGUGUUUUAAAUCAGGUGCUCACAUGUCCCAGGAAUGGGUGGACCAAAGACCAAGUUCACAGCAGCAUUAUUUUUUUGUUAGACCUGUUAAGGAUAACCUGAUUUUCCAAUAUUUUUUCUGUUUUUUUUAUAGGGUCAUCCAUGGUACCUUUUUAUUUUAUACAUGUUGUAAAAUUAAAGACGGGUUCCAAAACUUG